AUGGAGAAACAUGAAGAGUUAUUGUCUAUCUCAUCUUCACUUGAUGCUUCUCCUUUUGAAGCUAAUGUUCAUGUUCAAAAUGAAGAAUUUCUAAAAUCUAAAAGGAAGGAGACAUUAAGCAAGAGAAGAGGCAAGGAAAUCAUGAAACACAAAUAUAUAUUUCAAACAAGGAGUCAGAUUGAUAUACUAGACGAUGGGUUCAGGUGGAGAAAGUAUGGGGAAAAGUUGGUGAAAAAUAGCAAAUUCCCCAGGAGUUACUAUAAAUGCUCUUAUCGAGGAUGCAAUGUAAGAAAACAAAUCCAAAGACAUUCCAAAGACGAGCAGAUCGUGGAAACAACUUAUGAAGGGAUGCAUGUUCACCCUGUCGAGAAGCCAGCUGAAAGCUUUGACCAGAUCUUGAGAAGCUUUAUUACAAGCAAUCAACUAAAUAAUGUAACUCCAAUGUAA